UUGUUUCUGUAACAAGAACCACGUGGUUUCGGUGAAGACUUCUGUCAUGGCGGGAUACAUGAAAUGGAAAAAUGGACCCCUCUCCAAAAUAGUUUUGCUAAUUGUGCUUUUGUGUAUAUUAGCUUCACACCAAACCUCAGGAAGUAAUAUCAACAUAAUCAAUAUCAAAGAUGGCCAGGAGUCUGACAGAACAGGGUCGAGUCACUUCUGCUAUCUCAACCCAAUUGUUCCAGGUUGGAAGGAAACAUGGACAAGAAUCCAGAUUCGAGUAUGGAGCUCGAAACAGCUGAAGGUGACUGUUGUGGAGGAUGAGGAGAAGCUGCAGGAACUAGAACACUUCAGUGUCUGGGGUCUUGUGCAGUAUCUAAUGCUUGAGCAGACCAAUGAAACCACCAUCAGCAUCAGCCUGUUCAGCCCAAAGACCUGCUUCAAGAUCGACCCCAUCAACCUUGGAGCACAAUACACUGUAAUGCCCAUACGAAAAUUUGACAUUUACAUGUUUGUGACAUUCCUGGCUGGAGUGCUGUUAUUCAUCUUUGCAGACUCACUCAGCAGGAGUCAGGUAUUCUAUUACUCUGCUGGCAUGAGCACAGGUAUGAUUGCCUCCCUUAUCAUCCUCAUCUUCAUCAUGGCACGCUUUCUGCCCAAGAAAAGCCCAUUUUACAUGGUAAUAGUUGGUGGCUGGUCCUUUUCCAUUUACAUCAUCCAGCUUGUGUUCAGGAACCUGCAGAUGAUUCUGAGAGAGCACUGGCACGUGGCUUUUGGCUAUGCUGCAGUGGUUGGGUUUAUCAGUUUUGCCGUGUGCUAUCGUCAUGGCCCUCUUGUGGAGGAAAGGAGUAUAAAUAUCCUGUCCUGGACACUGCAGUUGUUUGGCCUGCUACUGAUCUACAGUGGGAUCCAGGUUCAGCAAGUGGCAUUGGCCAUCAUCGUGGCUGCCUUCUGCUCUAAGAACCUGGAGUAUUCCAUUUCAUUGAUCCUUCUGGCUUGGCGCAAAGUCACGCCAACUCUGCGCUGGAAGCCAGAGCCUCGUCGGCUGCUGACUGAAGAGGAGUUCCAGAAACAGGGGGAGGUGGAGACGCAGCAUGCCCUGGAGGAGCUGAGGAAGUACUGCAGCAGUCCAGACAUCAGCAAAUGGAAGACCGUCUCUCGACUUGCGUCCCCAAAAAGGUUUGCCGAUUUUGUGGAGGGAUCACCUCACCUGAUAUCGAAUGAGGUUUCUGUGCACGCGCAGGAAUAUGGAUCGUUCUUUGAGGAUGAUUUCUUUGACACGGAUGAGGAAGAUGAUGAUGAUGAUGAUGAGAAUAUGAUGAACGCUUUGAAAAAAGACCUUGGAUGGAAAGACAGAGACUUGUGAAG